AUGGCGAGGCGCGUUACUGCGCGGUGCCCCGGUUGAGGAAGUGCCGCCGGUGUCCGUGUCCCGCGCUCCUUCGUCCAGUUCCGCCUCCCGGGAUGUGCUGAGGGCGCGUCCGCCGCCCCUCCCAGGCGUGAAUGACAGAGGAGGUGCCCCCGACUGCACUGACGGACGUGAACCUGCGCCUGCUGUGCCACGAUGACAUAGACACAGUGAAACAGCUCUGUGGAGACUGGUUCCCAAUAGAGUACCCUGACUCAUGGUACCGAGAUAUCACCUCCAACAAGAAGUUCUUUUCCCUCGCAGCCACAUAUAGAGGCUCCAUCGUGGGGAUGAUAGUGGCAGAGAUCAAGAGCAGGACAAAGGUGCACAAAGAGGAUGGAGAUAUCUUAGCUUCCAAUUUUCCUGUGGACACACAAGUUGCUUACAUCCUAAGUCUUGGAGUGGUGAAGGAGUUCAGAAAACAUGGAAUAGGUUCCCUCUUGCUUGAGAGUCUGAAAGACCACAUCUCCACCACUGCCCAGGACCACUGCAAAGCCAUCUACCUGCACGUGCUCACCACCAACAACACAGCAAUAAACUUCUAUGAAAACAGAGACUUUAAACAGCACCACUAUCUCCCCUAUUACUAUUCCAUCCGAGGGGUCCUCAAGGAUGGCUUCACCUAUGUCCUGUACAUCAAUGGCGGGCACCCACCCUGGACAAUCUUUGACUACCUACAGCACAUUGGCUCUACCCUAGCCAGCCUGAGCCCGUGCUCCAUUCCCCAGAGGAUAUACAGACAAGCCCAGAGCCUCCUCUGCAGCCUCCUGCCCUGGUCUGGCAUUUCUGCCAAGAGCGGCAUCGAGUACAGCCGGACGAUGUGACUGCCUGGGGGUGCACAGGAAGCACAGGAUUGAUCCUCCUUCCACCUGACUUCUGGCUCUGCACUGGUUCCAGUGAUGACAGCUCUUGGCCGGUGACCCAGCCCCGGAUGGGACUCCCCGUUUCACAGGGACUGACCUUUGGUAGAACUUCACCCUGGGGCUGCAGCCCCGGCUCCCGYGUGGGCUGGGCAGGCCCGGCUGUGCCGCAGCCGCGGGUCCCGGUGUCACCACUCCGUGUGCAUGUUGCACUGUCCCCACCACCCCCUCGCCUCCGGUUUGCUCCUCCCUAUACCCGCGGUGUCGAGGGGUUCAGCUGCUGCUCCCGCUCCAUCCACGGCUGCUGAGAGCAGCUGAGGGAGGUUCAUGGAUCUGCACUGAGGAACCACUGACAUGAGCCAGGAGAGUCCUGGCUGGCAGGGCAGAGUCUGCCUUUGUGGCUGGGGAAGGGGGGAGCYGGGUGAGGGAAAAGGGGGGAAUGGGAAUCAUGUUUAGGUCCUGCCACAUAAGCUGCUGGUGUGUCCUGUGGGUAACUUCCAAGGAGAGCAACUGCCUCGCAUGAGAAACUACCCAGCCCCAUCAGCCCUCUGGAGUGAUGCAAAAAGGAGCAUAUAAUUCAGGAUGCAUAAAGUAGAAGGCAGGGAAUGAAAUUGCUAUUUCAUAGUGAAAUAUAUAUGUAUUAUACUGUAUA